AUGGAUAUUAAGAGCGUUGAAUUAAAACUGCCCACUGAAUUGGCUCUGCAGCUGAUUGAACUGUUUGGUCCUGUUGGAGUGGACUCAGACACAGCAUCUCCAGAGGAUUAUGUCCUGCAGAUGGACCUUCAUCUGGCCAAACUUCUUCAUCAAAAAUUGAAAGACAGUGUUCAAGAAAGACAAAAACAAGCAACUCUUUCUUUUCAAUUGCUUCAAGAAAGUUCUGCUCAAUGGGAUAAAACACAAUCUAGACAUCACCAGAGGAACAGACCCAGUGCUUCACAUCACGACCGCUCUCUAGAUGCAGGAAAUCACCUGCCGUUUAUGGACCACUGGAAUGUGUCCCGGCCGCAUGUGUCUUUCAGAGACAUAAUUCAAGAGGAGAUGGCUUUACAGGAAAACAGAGAGGAGGCCCGACCGGACAAGUGUGAUGGAGCCACUCCACUAAAAGAAGACCAGCUGUUUGCCCUCUUUCCCGCAAUUGAUAGACAUUUCCUUCAGGACGUCUUUAGAGCUCACAAUUACUCCCUCAAUCAAACAGAGUUGUUUCUUCGUUCUCUGUUGGAAGAGGGGUCUGUUAAAACUGUGGUUGCCCCAGAAUCUCCUCGAAUGACUCAACACAGCAAGGACAGAGAAAAGAAAUCAACACCGACGGUCUAUCAAGACACAGAGGACCCAGAGUAUGAAGACUUCAGAGCUGAGGCCAAUCUGCAGCACAGACGACAACUGGAGAAUUUUGCCAAAGCUACGGAGGCUUUUCAACGAGGCCACAAGGAAGUAGCUUCAUUUUAUGCUCAACAGGGUCACUUACACGCCCAAAGGAUGCGGGAGGCUAAUCACAGAGCUGCAGUUCAAAUCUUUGAGAGGGUCAAUUCUUCUUUAUUGCCACAGAAUGUCCUGGACCUUCAUGGGCUACACGUUGAUGAAGCCCUGGAACACCUGAAUGACGUUUUACAAAGGAAAGCCGGAGAGUGUGAGCGGGGCCUUUGUGGCCCUCAGCUCUCUGUCAUCACAGGAAGGGGGAACCACAGCCAAGGGGGCGUGGCCCGCAUCCGCCCCGCUGUUCUAAACUACCUCACCAAAAAACACUACAGGUUUGAAGCCAAGCCAGGCGUGGUGCUGAUCUCUUUGAACUAA